AAAGCAUCAUGGCUGCCAUUUAGACGCUUCCGGGUCAUUUCUCUCGGUUAGGAAGGUCCCAAAACAGACGAUUCGACCGGACCAUUAGCCGUUGCUGCUGCAGGACGGACACCAGCUUCAUUUCAAGGCUAUACCAGUAUGAUAACAACCACUUACACUGCGGUAGAAGCUCGAGUUUCAUACUUCAGAUUGCAGCUCAGAUGAAGAGGGCUUGUAUGAUUGACCCUCUGUGUCACCCUUCCUUGCCAUGGCAACACCCUACUUUCCCACGUUCCUUCUCCUCAUUUUUGUGUCCUCCUUCACCCUCUUGCUGCUCAUCCUUCUGCCCUCAGUAACCCCCUCUGUUCCCUUUGCAUCCUUGUCUCAUUCCUCAUCUUGGCCAUCACACUCUUGCGGUCCGGGUCAGUCUUGGGCAGUCCGGCUUCAUGCCGGUCCACAUCACGAGGAAGAGGAUGGGGACGAGGGUUCUGUCCACUUGGAUGUGAUUGCCAACAGGGUAGCAGAGCAGGCCGGACUCCAGAACCAGGGCCAGAUUGGACAGCUGGAAGGCCAUUACUUGCUGUGUACUGUGAAGCCUGAUUCCGGAUCUAUGGGAGGUCUGUGGAGAAGAGGUGUCCAACCAGGGGAUGUUCUAGCAGCCCAUCCUCAUGUCCUGUGGUACUCGAAGGAGAGAGUGCUCAGUCGUUCAAAAAGAUCAAUGGCAUUUAACGAUCCCAACUACCCUAAGCAGUGGCAUUUGCAUAAUGACAUCAGUAGAGGUAUGGAUAUCAACGUGACGGGAGUGUGGGAGCGCAACAUCACUGGUCAGGGAGUCACAGUGGUGGUUGUGGAUGAUGGGGUGGAGCACACCCACCAGGACAUUCAGCCCAAUUAUAGUCCAGAGGGAAGUUAUGACCUCAACUCCAACGACCCCGACCCCAUGCCUCACCCGGACGUCCAGAGCGACAACCAUCAUGGGACUCGAUGUGCUGGAGAGAUCGCAGCUGUUCCUAACAACAGCUUUUGUGCUGUGGGUGUGGCCUAUGGCAGCAAGGUGGCAGGUAUCCGAGUCCUGGAUGGCCCGCUGACUGACAGCCUAGAGGCAAUAGCCUUCAACAAACACUACCAAGUCAAUGACAUCUAUAGCUGCAGUUGGGGUCCAGAUGAUGAUGGACACACUGUGGAUGGACCUCAUCCCCUGGGCAAGGCAGCUCUGCAGCAUGGCGUGAUUGCAGGCAGACAGGGUUUUGGGAGCAUCUUUGUGGUUGCCAGUGGUAAUGGAGGUCAAUACAAUGACAACUGCAACUAUGAUGGCUACGCCAAUUCCAUCUACACCAUCACAAUCGGAGCAGUCGAUGAGAAAGGGAGGAUGCCCUUCUAUGCAGAGGAGUGUGCAUCCAUGCUGGCUGUCACUUUCAGCAGUGGGGGAAACAAGCUGAGGAGCAUCGUGACAUCGGACUGGUCCAUGCAGCAAGGGACUGGCUGCACGGAUGGCCACACUGGUACGUCCGCUGCAGCCCCGCUGGCAGCCGGAAUGGUGGCCCUCAUGCUGCAGGUUCGGCCCUGCCUCAGCUGGAGGGACGUUCAGCAUAUCAUCGCCUUCACUGCUACCAAGUGCGACAGUAAUGCCGACUGGAGAGUAAAUGGAGCUGGUUUUCAUCACAGCCACCAGCACGGCUUCGGUUUGCUCAACGCAUGGAGGCUCGUUAACGCCGCCAAGGUGUGGGAAUCGGUGCCUUUCCUUGUGUCCUAUCAGAGUUCGGUCAUAAAGGAGGAAGUCCCCAUCCUGACCUAUUCCAAGGAGCUUAUCCGUACCUGGAAUGUCUCCGCUGCCGACCUGAAACAGUCUGGGAUGGAGACGCUGGAGCACGUAGCCGUUACCAUGACAAUAACCCACCCUUGCCGUGGUAACGUGGAGAUAGUGUUAGUCUGCCCCAGCGGCAUGGCAUCAGUCAUCGGGGCUCGCAGAGCCGUCGACAGAGAUGCUGCAGGCUACCAGGACUGGACUUUUUCCACUGUGCGUUGUUGGGGAGAGAAAGCCGAAGGCCAAUACACUCUGAAGAUAUCUGACCACAAGGAUGCUGUGUCUGACCAGUGUACCGCUUUGGGUGUGCUGAAGCAGUGGAAGCUGACCCUGUAUGGUUCAUCUAUGACCUACAGCGAGGUGAAGGACAGGCAGAGGCUGGUUGAGGAGGCUGUAAGUGGUAAAUAUUUGGACAGCAACUUCUCCCUGCCCUGUCCUCCCGGCUUGGAUGUCCCUCCAGAGAUCAUCAACCCUUUCACCUCAAACAGCCUCAAGUUCCUGCUGUUGCUUGGAUGCUUUGCCCUCUUCUGGUCCCUCUACUACACACUGGAGGUCACGUUCGCCCACAAGGACCUCAGGGGCCUCCUGUGCCUGCCCAAGAGACGAAGCGGUCGUAGAGUCAGGUGGGAGCACCGAGAGAGAACAGUGGAGGAGGCUGUAGCAGAGGAGGUAGAUGAGUACGAGGAUGAAGAGGAACAGGACUCAGGGGUGGAGCUACAUGCAGUGCUGGACUCUGACGCUCAAGUGCCUCUCAUCACUGGAGAACGGCUGGCAACAUAGCACUGAACCACAUGAUGGGUCAAAACCCUCUGACUCCUUGUGCCCAUGGGACAUCUCAGGCUUCUCUUCCUCUCCUUCUUCCAAGACUGCCUCAGAGAGGACUGCAAGGGAACCUGAAUGAAGAGGGGACUGUUUGUCCUCAUCUUUACUUACCAGACAAGUGGCCUUGUGUGUGUCAGUCUGUGAUUGUGUGCGUUUUUUGUACACCUCUUUCUAAAAAAAAAUGAUGAUCAAUUGACAGUUUUUUUUCUUUUUGUGUCACGGGUUGAAAUUCUUCUAACAAAUAGGUUGUCUUUAAAGGUGGGUGUCAGACUGGAAAGGGAUUACUGCCCCAGUAUAAUCUCACAUUCACGUUUAUUUAUUUGUAAAAUUUCCACACAAAGAAAAACUUAGGAUUCAUGGGAUUCACUGGGGACACCUGUGGAGUUAAAAUGUCACAUUUGUGCACUGUAGGAAAGGAUGAAAGCUGUGAGUGUGUGUGUGUGUGAGAUGACAUGCAAGGUCUUCCAUUGUGAAGUGCAAUAUGAGGUUUCACAAACGUAUCAAUGUUUUUUUGAGGCAUUUACACCCAUUUUUGUUGUUUUUUUUUUUUGUUUUUUUUUAACUGCGUUAUCAACUACCGAUUAAAACUUGAAGAGGGGUUUUCAGGUGUGGGAUUUUCACUUAGUAUUUUUUUAUGAAUGAUAAUAUAUAAACAGUGUGUGCCUGCUGUACAGAUGUUCUAUAUACUGUUUAAAGAUUUCUAUAAACUCUUUUUAAGAAUGUUUAAAGAGCUGUAUUUUUUCUUUUUCCCUUUUAUGUGAAUGAGUGUUUGGAGUUCAGCUGAGAUCUGUGUUUUGCUGUGCAAGUCACAGGUGAUUUUAAAUGAAAAUAAAAAUAAUUAGGACUG